UUCAACAGCGGGCACACACCCCCUCUUACCAAGGGUACUUCCCCAGCCUUCCCAGGGAGCCAACGAGUGCCUCCAGGCUCCCUGCUUGAUGCCACUCUCUGUACCUGCUUUGGGGGUCUAAAUGCAAGAGAGCCGUGUGUCGUGUAUUGGAUAACUAGCGAUGGAAGAAAAAACCUCUAGGAGAACAGCUCCUGGGAUUCAGCUUGGAUUCGGCCCUGCCUCUGCGUGUAGGUCACCUGAGAGCGUCUGUUCUUUGCUCAGACAUGAUGCGGUUAAAGGAGCAGCAUCCAUACCCCAGUUUACAAAUUCCCCCACGAUGGUGAUAAUGGUGGGUUUACCAGCUCGAGGAAAGACCUACAUCUCCACGAAGCUCACACGAUAUCUCAACUGGAUAGGAACACCAACUAAAGCUACCUCCAAGAAAGGACAUUAUUUUGCCACUGGGAUCUUCCCAGCCUCUUCACCAGGGCUCCUGCUUUCAGUGUUUAAUUUAGGCCAGUAUCGACGAGAGGCAGUGAGCUACAAGAACUACGAAUUCUUUCUCCCAGACAACAUGGAGGCCCUACUUAUCAGGAAGCAAUGUGCCAUAGCAGCCCUGAAAGAUGUCCAUAACUAUCUCAGCUGUGAGGAAGGUCAUGUUGCGGUUUUUGAUGCCACCAACACUACCAGAGAACGACGGUCACUGAUUCUGCAGUUUGCUAAAGAACAUGGUUACAAGGUCUUUUUCAUCGAGUCCAUUUGUAAUGACCCUGACGUCAUUGCAGAAAACAUCAGGCAAGUGAAACUUGGCAGCCCUGAUUACAUAGACUGUGACCAUGAAAAGGUUCUGGAAGACUUUCUAAAGAGAAUUGAAUGCUAUGAGGUCAACUACCAACCCUUGGAUGAUGAACUAGACAGCCACCUGUCCUACAUCAAGAUCUUCGACGUGGGCACACGCUACAUGGUGAACCGACUGCAGGACCACAUCCAGAGCCGCACAGUCUACUAUCUCAUGAACAUCCACGUCACACCCCGCUCCAUCUACCUAUGCCGGCACGGUGAGAGUGAACUCAACCUCAGAGGCCGCAUCGGAGGUGACUCUGGCCUCUCAGCUCGGGGCAAGCAGUAUGCCUAUGCCCUGGCCAACUUCAUUCAGUCCCAGGGCAUCAGCUCCCUGAAGGUGUGGACCAGCCACAUGAAGAGGACUAUCCAGACAGCUGAAGCCCUGGGUGUUCCUUAUGAGCAGUGGAAGGCCCUGAAUGAGAUUGAUGCGGGUGUCUGUGAGGAGAUGACCUACGAAGAAAUCCAAGAGCACUACCCUGAAGAAUUUGCACUACGAGACCAAGAUAAAUAUCGCUACCGCUAUCCCAAGGGAGAGUCCUAUGAGGAUCUGGUCCAGCGUCUGGAGCCAGUUAUAAUGGAGCUAGAACGGCAGGAAAAUGUAUUGGUGAUCUGCCACCAGGCUGUCAUGCGGUGCCUCCUGGCCUACUUCCUGGACAAGAGCUCAGAUGAGCUGCCUUAUCUCAGGUGCCCUCUGCACACAGUGCUCAAACUUACACCUGUGGCUUAUGGCUGCAAAGUGGAGUCCAUCUACCUGAACGUGGAGGCUGUAAACACACAUCGGGAGAAGCCUGAGAAUGUGGACGUCAGCCGGGAACCUGAGGAAGCCCUGGACACUGUCCCUGCCCACUACUGAGCCCUUUCUAAGACAUAAAACUGCCUCUGUCCUCGCUAUCUUUCACGUUUAGGAGCUGCUAUUGUUGCUCUUCUCUUACACUGAGAACACUCUGGAGUUGGCCUCACUGAAAGAGACCUGCUUCCAGUGAAGAAACCCUCAUCAGCUCCAAAACAGGUCUUGAUUUCUAGCUACAACUAAGGAGCUGUCUAGGUCAGGAUGAAACUUUUUCCUUCUUAAUUCCUAUUUCCUGAUCAAUAAAGACUUCUCUUACUGCCUACAAAAGGGGAAAGGAGGUCAUUGUGAGGCUUUUCCCACAAGAUCCUCUUAAGAUCCUGACCCUAUGAAAUGGCUCUGGUGCUGUUGGGGUAUGGACUGGGUGAGAACUACCUGGAAAGAAGGACUUUGGAGUAGUACCUCCAAAUGUGAGGGUGGAGAUAGGUUCAUGUGAGUGCUUAUGGCCUUGUUUCUUCGUGGGCAACAUGGCUGGGAACAUGACACCUUCAUCCCUACAUUCAAAGAAGAACCUGCACUCAGACCACAGUUCUCCUUCCUUCUCCAACUCUUGUUGCCAUCCUGAGUUAUUUCACUGUCCAUAUAAAUGAUUCAGACAAUACCCUGGUCUCCUAGUGUCCUGCCCCCUCAACUUCAGUGAGCAUCUUCCCUUCAGCCACUCACUGCUUGGUUGGCAUCAUCUAGACUUCUCUACAGUCUGACUUCUUAAAUACAAGCAUCCCACUAUCUGACCACUGGCCCCCUGGUCCUUAAAACUCUCUGUGUCAUCCACAGGAUCCCUAGCAGCAUGCCUCCCACACAGCAGGCAUGUAUGUAGUAUUUCUUGAAUGAACAAUACUUGUUCUUGUACUGCAUCAAGAGUAUAGUCCUUUGAUUCCUCCAUUAUCUCCCAAUCCACCAGUCCUCUUCCUCUUCACUGUUCUUCCAUACCUGGCCAGCUUGCAUCCUACAUUCUAUUUCUUCAGCCAAUCUCCAUGCAGCUACUGUGGGCAGAUAGCAGCAACCCACUUGCGAAGAGACAGAUGCAUACACCCCCUGACUUUGUUUGUCCUUCCAUCACAACCACCAGCAAGACACAAACCUUGUAUGAUCCACAUCACUUUUUUUAUUGGGAUCACUGCUUGAAGCAAAUCUACAUUUAUCUCCUUCUAGAGCCACCCUUAAAUCCUGUUCAAAGUCAGGGUCACCCUCUAUUCUCUGGUAUUCUAUCCAUCCCACCUCCCCAAGGAUGGGUUGAUUCAGUCAGUUCCUGACUAUUCCAUAUCUAUAUCCUGUCCUUCUCUAUUGGCUUUUGCCCCCACUGUCUAUGCAACAUGCUCAGGUCUCUCUCCUAUCCCAAAAAAGUCCUCCCUUGUUCCCAUGUCCACCUUUAGUUACGUCCCUCUAUAUCCCUCCCAUUCUUACACAAAUAUCUCAAAAUGAAUCUAUACUUACUCUCCAGAACCCUCUCCCUUUGCCUUCUGUUCCAGGCUUUCUCCUUCUAGAUCUUGACUUAAGGUAUUAUCCCCUUGCCUGCUAUGCUUUCCCCACAUCUCUACCCCACUGAAGUCAUACUUGCCUUUUAGCCUAAAGCUGGAGCCCACCUUCCCCAAAGAGCUAUGCUUAUCUCUAGCUCUUAUAUGAACCCAAAAUGUCACUCACAACAACUUAGGCACAUUAAAAGACAGAACAAACCGCAAUUCAUUUUUCAAAUUUAAUGUAACUCAUAUCAAAUAUGACAAGACACAGAAAGCAAACAACAAAGCAGGAUUGGCAAACAGAUUUUUUCAUAGUAUGUCACCCUCAGCUGAUUGGUAAUAUCUGCUUAGAUUGCUACGUGGACAAAGAUUCCAAGGAUGUACCUUGGCUCCAUGGGAAGGACUGCUGCAAUUCAUUAGCGGUAUCUGUAAACAUGCGAUAUAAAUCUGAAAACAAAACACCAAACAGAAACACAUUUUAGCACCAAAUAUACUAUUUUCUCAUACUUCCUUCAUUGUGCUCAUCUCCCCACCCUGCCCUCCCACCUUGGGGUUUCUUAUAACAUCUCCCAGCUCUUAUACCCAUCCCCAUCGGCCUUGGCUGUGGAAAUGUUGUAAUUACCUGAAACCUCACUAGCCAUAGGAGAAGCUACAGGCACCAAGGCUGGUGGCUCCACCACUAAAGCCAGCAGCAUUGCUCGGUCCACUGCCAUAGCCAGCACUACUGCUUGGUCCACCGUUGAAGUCAGCAUCGGUGCUCAGUCCACUGCCAAAGCCAACAAUGGAAGUGGGUCUACCAAUAAAGCCAGUGCUGGUGUUGGAACCACUGCCAAAGCCAAUGAUGGUGCUCAGUCUUCCAUCGAAGCUGGUAUUAGGCCCACCGCCAAAGCCAUCACUGAUGCUGAGGCCACUACUAAAGUCAGCACUGGUGCCAAGUGUGCUGCCAAAACCAGCAUUGGUGCCCAGCCCACCACCAAAGAUAUCACUGGAGAUCAGUCCACCACCAAAGCCAGAGUUGGUGCUUAACCCAUCACAAAAGCUGAAACCAGCACUGGUGCUGAGUCCAUCACCAAAACUGGCACUGGUAGGACCACUAAAGCAGGUGCUUGUACUAGGAGGGCCACCAAAACAUAGGUUGGUGUUAGACACACUGCCAAAGCAGAAUCUGGUGCUGGGGGCUCCACCAAAGCUAAUGCUGGUACUGGGAGCACUGCCAAAGUCAGUAGUGGUGUUAGGUGCCCCACUGAAGUCAGUACUGAUGCUGAACACACUGCCAAAGCCAGAGUUGGCACUGGGUGCACUGUUUAAGGCAAUGCUAAUGCUGACAGCACUGCUAAAACCAGCACUGGUGUUGAGUGCACCACCUAAGCCAAGACUGGUGCUGAGUGUACCACCAAAGCUGGCACUAGUGCUGGGAGAAUCACCAAAGCAGAAGCUGGUGCUUGGUGUACCACCAAAGUCAGUGCUAUUGCUGAAAGAGCUGGUACACCAGCUAAACCAGCACUGGUACUGAGUACACCAUCAAAACCAGUGCUGGUGCUAGGAAAGUCACCAAAGCAGAUACUGGUACUGAGUUUGCCACCAAAUCUGGCACUGGAACUGGGAGAGCCACCAAAGUAGACACUAGUGCUGAGUGUGCCACCAAAGCCAGUGCUGGUGCUAAGUGCACCACUAAAGACUGCACUGGUGCCGAGUGUACUGCCAAAGCUGGUGCUCAUACUGAGUGCAUCACUGAAGCCAGCAGGGGUACUGAGUAUGCCUCCAAAACCAGAGCUGGCUCCACCACUGAAACUUGUACUGGUGUUGAGUGGGCCACUGAAACUAGAGCUGACCCCACCACUGAAGUUGGUACUGGUGCAAGGUGCCACCAAAGCUAAUGCUGGCUACACUGCUGAAGCUGGCACUGGUGCUGCAUGUGCCACCAAAGCUAAUGCCAGCCCUGUCACCAAAGACAUUACUGGAGCUGGGGACACCACUGAAGCUAGUACUAGCACCAUCGCUAUAGCUAGCCCUGGUGCUAGAUCCUCUGCUGAAGUCAAUGUUGGUGCUGGCAUUUGCAUUUUCUUGGGCUCUGGCCUCAAUUUCAAGUGAAAAUCUGCCCCAGGCCUGAGCAUCAUUACCUAACUCUUCUCUUGUUAGGCAGUUGAUAUCCAUGUCAUCCCAAUUCCAGGGCCCAGCCACAGCUUCCUCUCCAAUCCCCAUUUGGGCUCUUGCCUCAGCCCUGGCCUCAGCCUCAGCUACAGCCACAGCUGCAGCUUGGACUUCCAUCUCCACUGCCUCCCGGUACUGCACGGCCCAGUCCUUGGGGUCUUUCUUCUGCACCUAAAAUGAGAAUUACAAUCAUUAUAAGAAAAAUAACAUUUGUAAUUAUGUAUUAAAUACCUACCAUGGGCUUUGUAUAAAACUAAUAGUAGCAUUUAAAAAAAAAGUCUUAGUUGUUGGGACUCUAUCAUGGGUCAGUCCUGAGAUCCAAUUUCAGUUCGAUAACUUAGGUGCUGUGUGACCUUGGACAAGCUACUUAAUCUCACUGAGCCUAAGUGUCUUCAUCUGUAAUAUGGGAAACGAUAAGAGAGUAUGUUGUGGAUUGAAUGUUUGUGUCCCCCCAAAAUUCAUAUUUUGAAGUACCAACCUCGAAUGUGACUAUAUUUGGAGGUAGGCCUUUAUGGAAGUAAAGUUUAAUGAGGUCAUAAUGGUGGGUCCUUGAUCCAAUAGGAUUAGUGUCCUUAUAAGAAGAGACUCUCUCUCACCACCAUGAACACAGCAAAAAGGUAUUCAUCUGCAAGCCAGGAGGAGAGGCUUCACUAGAAACUAACACUGCUGGACCUUGAUCUAGGACUUCCAGCCUUCAGGACUAUGAUAAAAUAAUUUUCUGUUGUUUAAGCCACCCAGUCUAUAGUAUUUUGUUAUGGCAGUUGAGGAGACUAAUACAAAGUAUGAACAUGAAUGAAACAAUGUAAACUUUAUGUCAAGCAGCAUUCUGGGACAUAAAUGAAGUUCCAUGUGCUUAUAUAUGAACUGCAGACUGCCCUAUACCUGCCCAUCCCUGUACACUGCCUACCCCAGCCAGAGACAUCCUGUACCCUUAAUAUGCCAAGUCAGGGCAGCUCUCCUAUUACCUUGCAUGCAAACUUGAGAACUUUCAUCUUGCUAGUCUCAUGGUAGGAGCACAAGCCCCAGAAGAACUCAUAUUCAGGUGGUCUGCUGUUGGGGACCCUCUUGUAUUCCAGGUACCUUGAAGAAAGGAAAUGAAACUUGCUUCUAACCAAGCAAACCUGUUGUCUAACCACUUGGGACCAGGUGGCAACCUCCUCCAAAGAAAAACUAAACUCAGCUCCUAGAGAAGGAUUUCCAAGGCCCUCCUUCCCUAGACUCACUCCAAAACACAGUUCAUGGUCUUGACCUCCAAUACUGAGCCAUUUCCCAUUGGCCCUGUGCAAAGUAGUCGCUUGGUGUGGCAGGGGACGCAUGUAUAGGGCAUGGUGUCACAGGGAGGCCAAAGUAUCCUGCCACCUGUGAGGAGUAAACCCAAGUUUCUAUUGGGUGUGUUGUAAACAGAGGAGCCAUUCUUUGGGCAUUCUGCUCUGAGCACACCCCACAGCAAGGGCCUUGUGUUUGGUCUGGCCCAGCCCUGGUAUGGUCCACCAUGGACUCAGUUCUAGGGAACAGGAUGCCCAUACCUCUAAAGGUAGUGUAAGAAAAGGGCAAUCGAGCACUUUCUGGACCAGAUCGGCACACUCAGAACACUUCAUGGCCUGACAAAGCCCCCAAACACCACUUACUUCUGCUUCACAAACUCAUCUGUGAUGAGCUUCCUCACUUCCCCAAAGAGCGAGUGCCUUACCCUAACAAUGGGAAAAAUAACCCAUGAACCAAGAUCAGAACUUCCCACAUGGGGGCAGAGGCAUUUCCCAGCAUGGAAGAGACCUCUCUAGUACAUAAGGCCAUCUCAAUGAACUCAGGAAAGUAAUGAACACAUGGUCACUAGAAGCAGGCAGUUGAGGCCAGAUGGUUCUUUAUCAGGGAUGCCCUGAAGGUCUAUCUUAUAUAUCAGCUUAGAACAGAAAAAGAACAUAGGAGAAAGGGGAAGCAGAGAGUUCAGGACCAUUUCCCCAUCCACCCAGGUCAGAACCCUGGACCCUCUACCCAGUCCAGCAACCCCGCCCCCUCCACCAGACCACCAGGCUGAUGCAAUCCUGGGACCAUCCUCUCUUGCCAAAGGACAACAUGGAAAGCAACUGCUGACAGAGCCCAAUCAUACCCAGGGUGCAGCCCCAACUUGGGCAGCAACUCCCAGAUGACAGCUGCAAGGGGAGGCAAAAGGAAACAGGGAUAGAAAAUGAACAUGUGGAAUUCCGACCAUGACCCCCCAUUCAGCUGCCAGCCCAGCAACUCACCCUCAUUGGCCUUGUUGCCAUUCAUAAAAAUGACACUCAGAAAUCACCAUGAGAAGAUCUAUUUUGGGUGUGUCCUUGGUCCUAGGGAAAUAAUGGGACAGAGAGAAGGUUUACAUCCAGCAGCCAUCUGCAAAAAAAUACACACCAGCCAGCCUACUAGGUUAGCUUCUCCCAGAUUCUUCAGAUAUGAGAGAAUUCUGCCCAGUCUAUGCUUCAAGCUCUAUGUGACCCUGGGCAAGGCACUUAGACUCCCUUAUUCAUAAAAUGGGAAAAUCACAUUUUCCUCUCCCCAGGUUGCUGAGAGGAUAGAAUUGUACUUGUAUUUGUCAACCCACUACAACCCAGACACCCAGCCAAUAUGAGUCCCUUCUUUCUCUUCCAGACCCCUCAGCUCCAAAAGAAUUCUAGGCAUGGCCCCACUGAUGCUCCUGCCCUUCAACCCUCAUGAUUCACCCAUACCAGGAAGCCCUCCCUUGGGAACCACUCUACCAAGGUCAAUAGGAAGAGACAAGCAACAACAGGGAAGCUUCUGGAGAUACAGAAAACUUGACAGUAGGAAUGACCUGUCCCAGGCUUCUACAACCUCCAUUCAAUCAUAAACAGGCACCACUAUCAUGUGUAGGGCUCCAACUACGUGUGGGAUAUGGAAAAGGGGUUUUUAGGCUCUGUCUUUCCUGACUUCCUAGGGGAUGUGGGGAGAGGACAGGGAUGGAGUAGUACCAUGGACAAAAGCAGAAGCCUCCCUCCCAUCCUAGCCCUUUCCCAGCUUACGUUCCCAGGAUGCCUGCAGAGGAUUCCUGAAUGCUGAUGAGAAUAUACAAGCUACUUUGUUUAUCAAUUUCCUUCAGAUUGACUCGAAACAUCUGCCAAGUAAAAGAAUAGCCUGUGAGGUCACAAAAUUCAGCCUAGGCAGUGAAAUAAUUCAUGUAAAGCACUUAACUAACACAGCAAACAGGUAACAAAUAUACUAUUGUUAUCAAAAUAGUCUUUAUGCUUAAUGGGACUCUAGGGAGACAGAUAAUGGGGGAUGGAAGGGAGAGGUGAGCAACUGAAAUACACUACAGGACAUGUCCAGCAGUAGACAGAAGCCAGGACUAAGCUGGGUGGCUUGGGUCCUAGCUGUACUUGCUGUGUGACCCGAGGCUAGUCUACGUCCCUCCCUAGGCCAUCAUCUGCUCAUUUGCACAGUGAUGGGGCUGGAUUAGGGAGUCUCUGUGGUCCCCCGCAAAGGGACGUGUACACCUUUGUUCCAUUCAAGACUUCCCCAUUGUGCCCAUCCCACAGAGGAUGUCCCUUCACCUUCUCCAGAGCAUAGCUUGCUCGUUCAAUGAUCUCUGGGAAAUAUUCAUCAUAUUCUUAGAUGACAUCCUUCAGCAUGUCUGCAGGAAGGGAGAGGUGGGAGCAGCUGGGCUGAGAAGGGGCCACAGAGCUGCAGCCCUUUUGCCAGCCCUAUGGGGUUAGUGUAGUCUGAGUCCUGAACUGUGUUAAUGGGAGAUGCCAGCCAUGACAGAGUGUGAAAAGGGCAGGGGAGGAUAGAUGAGAGAAUGAAGAGGCCAUAAAACUAAAUGGUUACCCCCAGGGCAGGGAGGAGAGGGGAGUAGAAAGGAGAGCUCAGGGAGGAGGGUUGGGAUGACUCUACCUGAGCGCUUGAUGGGGAUCUUUGUCUGAUCCUUAACCAACAGGUAUUUCAUAAACUUAUUUGCCUGGGAGAAGAGGAAUACAUGGGGAGAUCUCAAUAUGUUUUCAUAAAACUUGGAAGAAUGACAGAGAAGAGGGCAGGUGAAGAAGAGAAGAGACUGGGCAGCAUUGGAUUCUUACCCUUUCUUGCAAAAUGGCCACAUCUCAGGAUAGCAGAGGCCUCCGGCCCCAUGGAAUCCACCUAUAAUUACCACCACCUCUCUCAUCCCCGUUCAGAUGCUUGGACUGCAUCAUCAGAAAGCAGAAAGGUCCAAAAUCACCAGGUGAAAGAGAUGGCUCUGUCUCCUCACCCUGCCUAUUCCUGAAAGUCCCCUAAACCCUCCCUGUAGGGGUCCUGACCUUACCAUUAGCCACACUGAGUUCUAGAUUUGUCUUUCACUGUCUUCCGGUCAGGAGUUUCAUUUCCCUGCCAAGACAGGAGCAACCCAAGGGCAGGGUCUGGUUCUUCCUCUUCUUUUGGCCACCACUGGCUCUACUAGCUGUACCCCUUCAACAAGUCACUUCACCUCUCUGGGACUUGGUUUUCUUAUCUGUAACACUGGGACCUAGCUGGUAAGAGUUACUUUAAAACAUAAAAGCAUAACCUGUGUGACUAUACCCAACACAAAGCCUGGUCCAUGCUAACUACUAUGUAUUGAUAAAUACAAGUUGAAUUAUAUCCAGUUUGUAGCUAAGUGUAUGGAUGCCUUAUUUCCCCACCAAUUUUUGAACUGCAAAGCAGCAGGAACUAUAUCACAUUCCUCUCAGCAUCUCUCACAGCCUAUGUGAAUGCAGGGACUGGCUCAGUAAACUUAAAAGAACAAGUGAACAAACCAGGCAGAUAGGAAUGGAAAAGGAGUACAGAGUUAAGGAUGGUGAUGUCAGAGAUCUCACCUUUCGGUUCCUCUUGCCCCGGGUCCUGGUUGUUGGCUCCAGACUCAACUGAGCCAGGUAGUCAUCUGCCAGGGCCUGGACAGCAGCAACAACCUGAGUCUCAAGGGCACUUAUAUUGAUCUGAGGGGUAGUCAUCUUGGCCUGGGCCCCUUUGUCAAUUUGAGUCUGGCUUUCAGUUGUCCGGGCUUUAGUGGCAACCUUCUGAGCCGGGUACCUUCUCUUGACCCGGAGGGUGGCUGCUAGGGCUUGUUUUGUGACCAUUUGACCGGCAGGUGGGGCCUCAGAGAUCUCACAGGCAGAAUUUGGGCCCUUAUAGGCAGCCUUCUUGACUUUGGAUUUUUUGGGCCAGAUAGCUGCUGCUGAGGCCUCAAUCUGCCUGGUAGCUGUCUCAGUGGCAUCUGGGGUCUCUAGGAGUUCAGUGUCAGUAUUUGUGUCCUUAACAGUUGCUUUCUUGGCUUUGGAGGUUUUCUUAGUUCGGAUGGAGGUAAUUUGGCCUUGGAUGGUAGCUGAGUAGGUGGUGGAUGGAGUCAGUGAGAUCUCAGUGGCACUAGUUAUGGCCUUAUUGUUAGCCUUCUUAGCCUUGGGAGCUUUCUUAGGCUUGAUGGAGGCUAACAAGGCUUGAGAAUUGGCUGACUCAGUGGCAAUCGGAGCCUGGAUAGUCUGUGGGAUGACUGGCACAUUUAGGGCCUACAAGGGUAACUUGAUCUGUGUAGUAACACUCUCACUGCCAGUUGGAAAUUGGGAGCCUCGGGCUGCCUUAGCAGUAACUCUCUUUGUCUUGUUGGCUUUCUUAGGCUGAGCAGUGAAUGAAGAAGCCUGAGUAUUGGCUACCUCAGUGGUAGCUGAAGCCUGGUUGAUCUGGGGGAUGAUUGGCAGGUUUAAAGCCAGAAAAGUUAUUUUAGGCUUGUUGGUGGUAAUCACAUUGGCAGAUGGAACUGGAGGGGCAGUGCGUACUGUCUUAGUGAUAGCCUUAAUAGGGGCCUUCUUGGUCUUGCUUUUCUUAGGCCGGUUGGCAACUGGUGGGUCCAUAGCUAGUAGGUCCUUGGUUGAUGACAAGAGGGUAUGCAUCAGCAAGACACUAUCUUCUUCUGUUGUCUCAGGCUGUACAUCUGGAGGGAAGUGAAGCCCAGGCUCCCAGAGGGCCCUACACACUUAAGAUUAUAACGUGCUGAGCCAUCUGGCCUCCCUACAAUCCACCCUUUCUAUAAAACCUCCCCCUCCUCUGAAUGGUGACUGAUUGAAGGGGAGGGUGAAGGAAGAGGAAGGGAGCAAGAAAUAGGCAGGUUUUCUUCACCUCCUCCUCCACCAUUCAGGGGAGGACUGAAACAGGUUAGGCAGGAAAUUAUGCAACUACAGAGUGGUAGGGGCUCAACAGCCUUAAAUGAACUCAGAAUAGGGCAGAUGGCCUGCCAAGAAUGCAGAGGGGCCUCACCUGGAACGGGGUCAUCUUAUAAUCGGAGUCAUUUCUCCUAUCCAUUUUUCUGGAAAGCCGAGAAGGGGCCUGAGUCAGGAAAGAAUAAGAGGGAGGUGGACAUUCAUCAGGUCUCCUGCCAAUCCUGAAGGAGGGGGUUCUGAUCAAACCUUGGGCCCCAAACCCUUCAACUACUGGGUUCUCAUACCUAGAAACCCAGACCAUCUGGCUUCCAAAUCCUAGCUCCUUUUGCCUCCAAGAAACCGCAAGCCUGCUCUCGAUCCCGCCCCUUUACCCUACAAACACCCUUACCGCAACUCGGUAGUGCGCAUGCACAUCAACCAGAGGCGUGAGGGCAACCGCAGGCGCUCAGCGCGCAUGUGCUUUGGUGGACUGGACAGCCUGACCACCUCAAUCCCACAUAAGCCCUCUGCCCUCAGAGCAGCAGAACAUCUUGACGCCACUCCUGACCCACUCUUUCUAACUGCAUCUCGUCUCAUUCCAACCCUUCCCCCAACACCGGUCCCUCUCCCUCCGCUCUGCAGCACCUCUUCGUUCCGCCCCUUCCCCAACACCAUACACCUCUCCUCUGCAGUAUAGCCACGCAGCGCACUGCCCCUUUCUGUAAUGCCCCCUCCCUCCGCUCUGCUGUACUCCUCCGCACCUCCUCUUCUCUUUAUAUGCCCCCUCCCUAUGCUCUGCAGUAAGUGCCUGCACUGCCCCUUCCGCAACACCGCACCCCUACUUCCACGUCUGCAAGUGACCAUCCCGCCCUUACUGCAACAUGGUUACCCCACCCACAAAUCCUAUGGUAUUCGGCUUUUGUGUAAUCCUUCCCAAACGCUACCAGGUUCUGUCCCUUUCUUUUCAAACCGGUAUCAACCGGGUCCUAGCCCCUCUUUUCUCCCCUCUGAGUCAGGUCAUUUCAGAUGUAUAAUAAGGAUUCUGCCUCUUACUUUUUCUAGCUCCCAGUCUCUACUUUCUGUGGCCCAAACCAGGUCCUGUGACCUCUCUCCAGUUUAAACGAAGCCUCCCAUCGCCUAUCUCCCUACCUAAUUGGAUCGUGUUCCAUUCUUUCUAUGGCCGGAACUAUUUCUCCAUCUCUCUUUUCUGCAGUCCCAACCGGGUCAGCAUCCCUCCUUCCUGCAGCCCGAACUGAGUCCAGAUCUCUCUUUCCGUUGCCCAAAGGGGAUUUUGCCCUCUCCUUUCUCCCUUGCAAACCGAGUCCAGACACCUCUAUCCGACCACUUCUAUGCGGUUAGCUCCUGAACCUCUAGCAGGUUUCCUUCAAACCCUAGGGAUGUGUGGAGUCAAGCACGUCAAACCCUAGCCUGGAGUCCCCCACAAGGUCUUCAGUAAAGCAGGGCACUUUAGCUCACCUCUCCCGUCCAGAAGGCAUCUGCUCUCUCCAAGCCUCUCCUUAGGUCUGAGCCUAUUUGCUCCCCCUCCCCAGCCGGAAGUGAUCCUGCCUCUUUCCGCCUCCAGAGGGGUCUCCUUCCCUGCCUGUCAGCCUCCUCCCUCACUCCCUACUUCCAGAUUUCCUUUCUCCCCAAUGUGACCUCUUUUCUGCUUACUACCUCUUAUUCAGCAAUCAUUCUUUUCUAUUCUCCAUUUGAUUUCUCUAUCCCCCACACUGUAUCCCCAUUCCUAUUUGAUUCCUCUGUUGCCCCUAGGAGGACUGUGUUUCUCUGGGCUCCCACACCAAUGCUUCCUACAGACCCCUCUAUGCCAACCUCAGUUACAUAGUGUGUUGUUGUAGUGUGUUGUGUGUCUGGGUCUCUCUCCCCAGGAGCUGCUCUGCGGUAGGGGACUAGAUCAUGUUAAUUUCUAUUGCUUAAGUAGGACCAAAUUAAGACAUUUAGAGUCUCUAAACGCUAAAAGUUAGGGUAUCCCCUGCAUCAUAUGUAAUUCAGAAUAAAAUCAGUAAAUAUAAGAAAGUCUACCAAAAGUUUUUAUUUAUCCCCUGAUCACUAUAUUGAUGCUUUUAAUGUAUAUCAACUUAGCUGAAAAUUUUUACUGGGACUGUGUUUCUCCUUUAUUGGUACACUGGUACACAAGUGCUUAGCCUCUGUCUCUUGUGGAAUGGAGCACUGCUCCCCAGUGUGGAAAACAGUUCUUCUAGGGCAAUCACUUACUCCCUCAGUCAGUAAUUAUUUGUUGAGCACACAGUUGUGCCACGGCCCUUGUUGGAUGUUGGAUCCCUGCCCUCAAAGAACUCACAUCUAUUUUUUUUAACUUUAUUGGAGUAUAAUUGCUUUACACUUUUGUGUUAGUUUCUGCUGUAUAACAAAGUGAAUCAGCUAUAAGUAUACAUAUAUCCCCUCCCUCUUUCAUCUCCUUCCCACCCUCCCUAUCCCACCCCUCUAGGUGGUCACAAAGCACAGAGCUGAUCUCCCUGUGCUAUGCGGCUGCUUCCCACUAGCUAUCUAUUUUACAUUUGGUAGUGUAUAUAUGUCCAUGCCACUCUCUCACUUCGUCCCAGCUUCCCCUUCCCCCUCCCCAUGUCCUCAAGUCCAUUCUCUAUGUCUGCAUCUUUAUUCCUGUCCUGCCCCUAGGUUCUUCAGAACCUUUUGUUUGUUUGUUUUUUAGGUUCCAUAUAUAUGUGUUAGCAUAUGGUAUUUGUUUUUCUGACUUACUUCACUCUGUAUGACAGACUCUAUUCUUAAGUUCUAAAACGCCCAUGUAGGAAGAACUAGUAUUAUCACCAUUCCACAGUUGAUGAAAUUAAUGCCCAAGAGGUGACGUGUCUUGUCUAAAGGCACAUGGUCACUAAGUGAUGGAACCAGAAUAUGAACCCACAUCUGGUUGAUUCCAAAGCCUGACACUCACUGUGGCAGGUCUGAUACUUGGUGCUACUGAUGGGAAGAAGAAAGAACCCACAUUGGCCCUGUGCUCUCCUCCACACUCUUCCUCUUAUUUCCCUUGACCAUACCAACACCCUAUCUCUCUUCCCCCUUCCCUCCCUCUCUUCAAGUAUUCUCCUCCCCUUCUCCCAUUUCUUCUUUUCUUCAUGCACUUUCUCUUUCUCUAAUUCACUGGUGAAGAGUUCCCCAGUGGUUUUCCAUGUGCCAAAACCCAUACUAUGCACUGGAGAUGCAAAACUGGAUGAGAUUCACAACCUGUCCUUGAAGAUUUCUCCAUCUGGCUGGGAUGCAUAAGAAUACAACAUGUCACUGAAGAAUCCCAGAGCAGGAUACUGACGGGCCUCACAGAGGAAAUCGCCUACUGGAAGGCAGUGAAAGCUUCCAGAUAGGGUGUAUUUGAGCUGGGUGUGUCCUGUGGGAGGAGUAGAACAUUGGAAGAAGAGAAGGGAAGAAGGAGUAGUUCUUGUAGGACUGCAGGCUCUGAGGAGCCUCUGCUGAGCAUAGGGGCACAUGGGACAGUGUCAGAUGGGUCUCUGAUCUAAUGUACCUGCUUCCCAUCUGUUCUACUUGCACAGAGGCCCUCAGAAUCAUGUUUCAAAUGCCAAGAUGACCAUAUCUAUAGCCACCAAGGGUUCCCUUGGCCUGCAGGUUUAAAUCCAAGCUCCUUAGCCUAUCAUUCAAGGCCCUCCACAGUCAGUCUCUGACAGCCUCACAGGCCUCAGUCACAGUGGAUGACUCAUGUUCUGCCUCCUGCCAAUGCCAUACCUUUGCUCAAACUCUUCCUCUACCUGGAAUGUUUUUGUUCCCCUCUCCCACACCCCAUGCCUACCAAUAAAAGGCCUGCCUUCCUAUAAAGAUUGGUACAAAUUCUGCUUUUUCCAAGAAGCCAUCUGAAAUCACCCCAAGCUUAGUUAGUCUUUCCUUCCUCCUUGCUCUUUUGCAUAUGGCUCUGUCAGAGCACUUAAUAAACUGAGUAAGAGCUCUCUG